AGGCACUAAGACAAAACCGCACACGUAUCCUUAGCCCACCAUUGAACAGAGAGAAUCUCCCAUUUUCUUUUCUUCUUCUGCUCUAAACAAGCAAUAGCUUUGUCUUCAGGCAAAGCAAGUCUUGGAAAGAUGGUUCAGAGGAAGACUUGUCAAGCAAUCGAAUCAUACAAUCUCCAACCUGAAACCCGGUUUGGGCAAGAACAUCUCAAGAGCCUUGGACCGGAGAUGAUGAUGAUGAAGAGGACAAAGACUAAGAGGAUGCUUAUAGACAACACUGUUUCUCAAUCAGGUAAGCCACAAGCACCACCUAAGCAUGAUCUUGUUGUUAAAGUCACAGGCGGGUCACCUAAUUACAUGAAAGGCACCUCUAGUUCUGAGGCAAGGAAAGAGAACAAGAAAAGAUUUAAUCUUUCUAGGAAUCAGAAGAACCAAACCGGUCUGAAACAUGAUUCUCGCUAUGGAGUUAACAAAGAGAGAUGUAGUAACAAGGCAGGUUCGAGGAUCGUUAGAGGUUUCACAAAGGCUCCGAGUUUCAAGAGAUGCUCACAGAGAGCUACUUGUUCUUCGACUCUGAAAGAUUCCAAGUUUCCAGAGUACCUGAUGCUUAACCAUGGUGAAACUGAUGAUCAAGUUAAUGGAACCUCUGUCUUGAAAGUCUGUCCUUACACGUAUUGUUCACUCAACGGCCAUCUUCAUGCCGCACAGUACCCUCCUCUCAAAAGCUUUAUAUCCUUGAGGAGACGGAGUUUGAAGUCCCAAAAGAGUGUGAAAAGGGAAGCUUCUAUGGAAGAUUUUGUGGAGAUCUAUGGAGAGGAGAAGAAAGAGUGUGAGAAUGGUAAAGAAGGAGCUUGUGAGAUUGAUAUUGAGACCCAAAUCUCGGAAACUGUCUCUGUAGGAGCACCUCGUUCUGAAACUGAUUCUGAUGAGUACUCGGAUAGUGCAGAGAUGGUUCAGAGGCUUUCAGAAGGUGAUCAUGGAACUGAGUUAGAAGAAUCUGUUUUGGAGGAGAAUCUAGUACGUGAUGACUCUGUCAAAAAGAUUCAAGAGACUUGUGAGGUUGAUGACUACUCUGAUAGUGCAGAGAUGGUUAUGUUCUCAGAAGGUGAUCAUGAAUUUGAACUAAGAGAAUCUGAUUUGGAGGAGACUAUAGUAGAUGAUGACUCUGUGAAAGAGAUCCAAGAGACAUGUGAGGUGGAUGGUAACUCUGAUUGCGCAGAGAUGGUGAGGUUUGUAGAAGGUGAUCAUGACAUCGAGUUAAAAGAAUCUGACUUGGAGGAGACUCUUGCAGGUGACUCUGUGAAAGAGAUCCAAGAGAAAGCAAACAAAGAUGAAGAAGUUAUCAUUAUGAUGAAGAACUCAGAGGCAGAUGAAGAGACUUUAAAGGAUAAAGCUGAAGAUUACAAAGACGAGUCUCAGGACCAAAAUGAUGAUGUAUUGAUGAUAGAGGAAACUGCAAAGGUUCUACUUAAGCAAGAAGAGUCAGAUGCCACCAUUUCAUGGACUGUCAGAUGCAACAAACCUGUUGCAGAGACGGAGGAUUUGAGGGGAUUUAACCCAAGAGAACCCAAUUACCUUCCAGUUGUCUUGGAUGCUGAUAACGAAAAGGUUGACCUCAAGCAUCAGGAUAUGGAUGAGAGGAAAAACUCAGAGGAUUGGAUGUUUGAUUAUGCUCUGCAGCGUGCCGUUACCAGACUUUCCUCAGCGAGGAAGAGGAAAGUUGCAUUGCUCGUCGAGGCAUUUGAAACCGUGCAACCUAUUAUUAGAGAACCUGCACCGGUAUUGAGUUAUGGAAGACACCUUCAAACCUGCAAUUAACAGAGGUCAAGGGAUGCUUGAAGAAAUGCAACUAAAGGAAGGCAGAUGACUUUGUUUACUUACUUUCGAGUUAAGAACCCAAGAGUAAAGGACCAAACUUUGAUGGUUUAUUACCUUAGCUCUUUGUGUGGUAGUUAUGAUUGAUAUUAUGAUAUAGUUCUCCUUAAUCUGUGAGGACAGUGUGUGCUUGCUUAUGGGACAAACCGUAUGCAUCUUUUUAGUUCUGUGUAACUGGUUGAAAUUUCGAAUCAAUCGAAUGCUGUUGUUGUUGAUUGUCAUAAAACAUUGACUGGUGAUUUCAGCAUCUAGAGCCUACGAUUUCUAUU